AUGAAUUUCAUAAAUGAUUCUGUUUUAGGUGUGGGUCAGCGAGGAACCGAAGAGCUUACGUCUCACCCGUUUUUUGCACCAAUCGACUGGAACCGUCUUUAUAAUCGAGAGGUACAGCCGCCGUUCAAACCUGCAGUCAGCAAAGCUGAAGACACAUUUUAUUUCGAUUCCGAAUUUACUUCCAGAACUCCCAAAGAUUCACCCGGUGUUCCUCCGAGCGCAACGGCGCAUGAACUAUUCCGUGGCUUUAGCUUCAUAGCUCCCCAGCUAUUGGACGAAAAGCGCUUCAACGACUCGAAGCCUGCGAAAACGAACGGUCUGCAACUUGUGAAACCUGUGGUGUUUUUUGCUGAGUACGAACUGAAGGAAGAGAUGGGUACCGGCACGUACUCUACAUGCCGUCGCUGCACCCAUCGUGGUACGAAGUCCGAAUAUGCAGUCAAAAUAAUCAACAGAUCAAGACAUGAUCCAUCAGAAGAAGUGGAAAUCUUGUUGCGAUACAGUCAUCAUCCAAAUAUCGCAACACUUAGAGACGUGUUUCAAGACAGCAAUUAUGUGUACCUAGUCUUCGAGCUGUGCAAAGGCGGUGAGCUGCUCGACCGUAUAUUGCAGCAGAAAUGCUUCUCAGAGCGCGAAGCGGCAGCACACCUGUACGUCGUCGUCAACACCAUUGAAUAUUUGCAUUCUAACGGGGUGGUUCACAGAGAUCUGAAGCCGUCAAACAUCAUGUAUGCAGACAACAGUGGCAGUCCUGAGAGUCUCAGACUGAUUGACUUCGGUUUCGCGACGCAGUUGCGCGCUGAGAAUGGUCUGUUGAUGACGCCUUGCUUCACGGCCCAGUUCGUCGCCCCCGAAGUCUUGAAGCGCCAAGGUUACGAUAAAGCAUGCGACAUAUGGUCUCUGGGCGUUCUUCUGUACACCAUGCUUUCGGGGUCCACACCGUUCGCGACGGGACCAAACGAUACAGCCGCUGAAAUACUUUCCAGAGUCGGGGAGGGGCGUUUUUCCAUCAACGAAGGCAGAUGGAUGGCUAUAAGUGACCUUGCUAAGGUAAAUGAGCUUUUUAUUCUUUUACUCUAGAU